UGGAGGGUCUGUUGUUUGCCUUGCGCUCCGCCAAGUGCUGAAAUUGAAAAAUGCGGAUUCAAGCCUUUUUCUUAGCCUUGGCUACGUUUCUUCGAAAUUAAUCCAUUUAGCUCCUUUCAGCCCCAAAUGAUUUUCUCGGAAUAAAAUAAGAUGCUAAAAUAGAUAUUUUAUAAUCGGGACUCGCUUGGAGAUUUGACCUGUUGCUCGGGACUCGCUUGGAGAUUAAAGUCGCCAUUAAUCAUCAGGCUGUGUUCGCAGAGACGAGCAUUUCGGCUUCUGAAUAUUGCCUCAACCCUUCUGUCUCAAACGUUCAGGGCCCUCUGGUGUUGGCCAUUUGGCCAGCCGUGCUAGCUGGCAGUAGUACGCAAGGAGGACCCUCUCUCAGGAAACAGUCGAGUUUUGUGUCACCUUAAAGGCCAGCACCGUUAUCAUAAAAUAAUUCCGUUGAAUGCAAUUCAUUUGGUGGAGUGGACUUGUCAAAAGAGGAUUAGUACUCUUAUAAAAAGAACAAAGCAAGAUUCAUAUUCUAUAAACUGGACACAUUUAAAGGCAUGUGGGCUACCAAAAGGAUAUAUAGAUCCCUAAGACAGAGGCUGCAGUUGAAGCAAGUUGGACUGCACAAUUCUCUAUGUAGAGUCAAAUGUUUUGAGAAAUCUGAUCAGUAUUAUGUUUUACAAGCUUUUCAUCUUUUACCCACAUGCAGUGUAUCCUCUCAUAAUACAUGUUUCAUAAUGGAUAUGAGAACUAAUCUCAAUGUAAAAGAAGGAAAUAAAGUAAAUAAGAAAUCAUCCAAGUCACUACAUGAUGGAAGGCAUCUUGAGAUGGAAGCAAAGAUGAAACAUCUCAAUUUAUCCUUUGCGGCCUCUGGCUUUCUGGGGAUCUACCACUUGGGGGCAGCAUCUGCUCUUUGCAGACAUGGUAAGAAGUUAUUGAAGGUUGUGAAGGCCUUUGCAGGAGCAUCUUCAGGAGCUUUGACUGCCACUGUUCUUUUAACAGUGCCAGAAAGUAUUGAGAAAUGUACAAAUAUUACCUACCAACUUGCUGAAGAUACUAGAAGACUCUAUUUUGGACCACUAACACCUGGUUAUGAUCUCAUGACAAAACUUAGUGGCUACAUUGAUUCAAUCCUCCCCCCUAAUGCCCAUGAGAUAGCAGAAAAUCGCCUCUUUAUAUCAGUCACUAGUACUAAGAAUGGAAAAAAUUAUUUGCUUUCACAUUUUGCCUCCAGGGAAGAUCUUGUUAAGGCUUUAUUAGCCAGCAGUUUUAUUCCUCUUUAUGCAGGAAUAAAUGCAGUGGAUUAUAAAGGACAGAAAUGGAUUGAUGGUGGCUUAUCCAAUGGCCUACCUAUCUUGUCAAAAGGCCGAACUGUGACUGUUUCUCCUUUUUGUGGCCGGCUGGACAUUUGCCCAGAAAACAAAGGACGAGUGGAUAUUUAUGCUAAAGUUGCAAAGCAAGACAUCAUGUUAUCCAUUGGCAACUUUCUAAGACUUCAUCAAGCUCUAUUUCCACCAAGCCAGGAGAAGAUGGAAUCACUAUAUCAAGAUGGAUAUGAUGAUGCCAUACAGUUUUUAUUGAAGGAAAAUUGGUUUGAGUAGAUUAUGCCAGAUGAAAAUAAAUAAAAAAUUGAUGGCUUGUAAAUGCAAAUCUUUGAGCCCAAAGGGCUGAUGUCACCAUUUAUGUUUAUCUCAAAAAAUGUCACUGAGAUUUCAUGCCAGACAAGUGUUUUAUAUUGUGCUGGCCUGAAUUUGUAGAGGGUUUCAAAUGCAGUGGAAUUGUAUUUGGUAUAGAAGAUAAACUGUUUCUUAGAAAAGAGUAAGAGAAAUGAAAACUUCAAUUGCUUUUAUUUUCAUUUUUUCAUGCAGAUGUGAAAAUGCUAAAAAUAUGGUUUUCUUCUCAUUAAAUUUGUUCAUAUGAAGUCAUAAAUAUGUGCAGUUUGCAGAAAAUUGAAUACUUGUGUUAUUUCAUAAAAAUACUAUUAAUGUGUUCAUUAAUUAGUGUACUCAUUUUUUUUAAAAUCCAGUGCAUUCUCAAGCGUGAACUAUAAUUACAAUGAAACCAUGGGAAACAAAACAACUUAACAACUCAUUUAUGUACAGAUAUAUUUUACCAUUAGUAGCCUACAUUAGUUUUUCAGAUAGCCUAUGUAUAUUUUAAAAUGUUGACUUUCAGUGAGUUUAUUUAUCCUUUCUGUCAUAUAAAAUUCAUUGUAGAAGAAAAGAAAAAUAUUAAACAUAUUGCAUUUUUGUUUAUGCCAGUCACCUAGAAAAUAGAUCAGAACAAUUGUUAAAUAUGAAUAAAACAAGUGGCAUCAUUCAGUUCUAUUUAAAACAUUGUCUCAAAGGAAGUAAUUUGCUGAUUUAAUGACUAUUGCCCAAAUUGCAUUUUCACCUAAAAUGCUUUCUAUACUGUUGGAAUCCAUUGGGUAUGAUUUUCUAGUGGCAGGUCUCCUGUCAACAUAAUUUAAGAAUAGUAUUGAUUCUACUUAUAGUAAAUAUUACAGUAUCAAUUUUAAAUUAACUGUUUGAAUAAAUUCUUAUUGCAAAAGUUUUGCAAUGUUCUUUUUAAUUCAUUGUAAACUUGUUCUUUUCUAUGAUUUGUGUGGAGAUAAUGAAUGCAGUUUGUGUAUAAACCCAAAAGAUGGUGUUAUAAAAGCUAAGAUUUCACUCUUUGUUUCCAUUACAGUUAUUCCCGACUUAUGUCCAUUCAUUUAAUGACUUCAAAUUUACGAUGCCAUUGAAAAAUGUGACUUACAAUCAGUUUUCAGGCUUAUGAACAUUUCAGUUUCCCUGUGGUCACAUGAUCAUAAUUCAGGCAUGUGUUUAUGACGAUUGCAGUGACAUCGGGUCAUAUGAUGACCAUUUGUGACCUUUCCAGCUGGUUUCCAACAAGCAAAGUCAAAGAGGAAAGCUGGAUGGAGCUUGUUUGAAGAUUCUAACGGGAGCGCAGUAUUGUAUACCCUUGAACGAAGAUUGGUACACCCCUUCUGUCUGGGAUGGUCAUUGUCUUCCACUGAGUGUACAGCUUUGGGAGGGGCGCACAUGGAGAGGACAUGCCUAGCCAAU